CAAGUGUUGUUUGCCCCAUUGUUUUUCUGCUAGUUGUUUGACACUAAACGCAAUAAUUCCUGAAAUCAAGACAUUUCUCAGUGAAGAAAAACGUGUGCAGUCACAUCUAUGGCCACUCUUCUACCAUUCACAGCCUUAAUGAAGAUGCAGCAAUUGGUGUGAAAAAAGUCCCCCGAUUUUACGGAAGGAAACUUACGAAAUAAAUUUAUCAUUUCGAAUAAAUCACGAAGUGAUCUUCGUCAUUAUCUGGUCAUCUUGCAGAAUGUGCCGCCUCGAAAUAUGGCUAGAAGAAUGACAUUAGCCAAUGUCUCGUCUCAUGAUGAGACCUUACAGCGAAGUUUGCUAUAGGAUUCUCACCGAUAAACGAUGAGACAGAACUACUUGAAAUCGUAUGAGUUGCUUGAUUGUCCGGUUUUCCUGGUUUGCUUUUUUGGAUGUGCAUUUAUACAUGUUGGAUCCGGAUAUUUAAGAGCUUCAUUGGUAGGCGCUAACGGUGCAGCCAACAGUGAAACUGUUCGAAGCGAUCGACUUCAUCAUUCAUCCAUUGUUCCCUAUUUUCAAAGUAAGUGAACGCUCUUGAAGAAAUCGACUAAUAUGGUAUUGGACAAAUCUCCUGAAGACAAGUACAGUGCUGUUUAUUUCAUUUUGCUACUUCACGGAAUAGGCGUUUUGAUGCCAUGGAAUAUGUUCAUCACAAUUGCUCCCUCUUACUACGUGGGCUAUAAAUUCGUGGAGGUGCGUGCUGAUGGUAUAGUGCACAAGAGUGAUUAUGCUCUCCAUUUUUUGGGUUAUCUUGGACUCGCUUCGCAGAUACCGACUUUGCUACUUAAUCUGAUCAACUUAUUCGUCCAGAUCAAAGGUGGUCUUAAGCGACGAAUUAGCUUUUCGCUUUUUAUUUUGGCGAUUAUCAUUCUGGUAACACUCGUAUUUACCCUUAUUAACACUUCUCAUAUGAUUACUGCAUUUUUUUUCAUUACCAUGACCACUGUGGUACUAUUAAAUGCAGCUAAUGGCGUUUAUCAAAGUUCACUCUAUGGUUUAACUGCCAACUUUCCACCUCAAUAUACUAACGCACUGAUACUGGGCAACAACAUAUGCGGUACAUUUGUAUCCAUCGUAAAUAUUGUGACACUCGUUGUAGCAAAAAAUGUAUGGAUGGCGGCUUUCUUCUAUUUCUUGAUGUCUUUAUUGACGGUGUCUGCUUGUCUUGGAUCAAUAUUCAUACUACAAAAACUUGAGUUUUACAAAUACCAUAUGAAAAAAGCAAAAAAACACAGUGAUAAGAACGAAAAUGAAGAGAGCUUGCGUUUAGAAAGGAUUAGCACUGUAGAUGGAGCAGUCACGGAUGGAACUGAAAUGAACAGAAUCGUGCCAAAAACAGGUUUGAAGGCAAAACUGAAUUUAUACUGCCAAGUUUUCAGAAAGAUUUGGAUUCAGUGUUUCAAUGUGUGGUGUGUAUUUUUCGUCACACUGACGCUGUUUCCUGUAGUAAUGGCUGAUAUUAAAUACUACAGCAAAAGUGGAAAAUAUGAUUUCUUCAUACCAGAAAAGCUGUUCACUCCUGUCACAACAUAUCUGAUGUUCAAUUUCUUUGCUGCUGCUGGAUCAUUUUUGGCUAAUUUUGUGCAGUGGCCAUCACCAAGGUGGGUAGUUGUCCCGGUAACAGCACGCAUUGCAUUUAUUCCACUAAUGAUAUUCUGUUAUUUCCGACCUGAAUACAGAACUUGGAAUGUGUGGUUCUAUAACGUAUGGAUUUACAUUAUUUUUGCAGUCAUCAUGUCCAUCACUAGUGGAUACUUUAGCUCCGUAAUAAUGAUGUACGUCCCAAGGAUAGUAGAACCAUCCAAGUCGACAGCCGCGGGCAUGAUAGCAGCGUUCUUCCUGAUCUUCGGCAUAGCAUCUGGCAUAACGUUCACAUUUUUCGUUUCUUGGUUCAUCGAUAACGCAGGAGCACACAACCCGAGAAAUUCUGACACAGUGAUGCCUUAAACUGCUAUAUUUAAUGCUCUUGUUAAAAAAUAAAUUUUGUCAUUG